AUGGUCUCUGAAGCUGAAUGCAUCAAGCGCGAUAACGUGAAAGACUUUAUCAAGUGGGCAUUCUUCAGACCUGGAUAUACGCGGAGGCAGGACGAACAGCAUGAAGGGGAAAUCGAGACCUAUACAACAGAAAUUGAGAAGCUGAUGGGACGAAAACUGCCUCCGGGAAGGCUGGACGUGAAAGGCCUUGGACAGCUUCUAAAUGAAGCAGGCGGUUCACACCGUAGCCUUCUGUGGUAUACUUGUGUCUUUGUGGUUGACACAAUAAUGUACUGCAACAUGUCAUACAACGGAUUUCACUUCCAUCGCAGCACGCUCUCACGAUUCUGUACCAUCUUUCCAUUUCGCCCUCUCACAAUACUCACGGCCUAUCGAUCUCCAGCGGGGCAUCUCACAUACUGGCAUCGACGACAUACAUCGAAGAAACGGCUACCCGUACUAUUCAUACAUGGCAUUGGAAUUGGCCUGUACCCUUACACGAGCUUCCUCCGAGACCUCAACAGUGAGCUAGAGACAGGAACGACCGCCGAUGGAGAAGUUGGCAUUAUCGCUCUUGAGAUCAUGCCGGUAAGCUCUCGGAUAACUCAUCCAGCCCUGGAAAAGGAUGUGAUGAUAUGUGAGGUCAUGGAGAUCAUGCGGUAUCAUGGAUGGAGCAGAUUCGUGCUUGUGUCUCAUUCUUAUGGUUCCAUAAUCGCUGCACACCUUCUUAAGUCCGAUCGUUUCUCUGCGCUCAUCGGGCCUACGGUCUUUAUUGAUCCGGUCUCAUUCCUCCUUCACCUGCCUGACGUGGCAUAUAACUUCAUAGCCCGCCGGCCAGCACGGGCCAAUGAAUACCAGCUGUGGUAUUUUGGAAGUAAAGAUAUAGGAGUUGCGCAUACGUUGGCAAGGAGAUUUUCCUGGAUUGACAACAUCAUUUGGAAGGAGGACCUCGGGAUAAAGGCCGAAAAGAACCAAGAGGGGGGUAGAAAUGUUACAGUCGUUUUAAGUGGUAAGGAUUUGAUCGUGGAUGCCGAAACAGUGGGGCAGUACUUGAUGGGUUCAUCAUCUGAAGCCCGGACAUCAGAAAAAGAAGCAUCACGAGCAUGGAAAAACAGGUCCUGGAUUGGGUACGGGCUUGAUCUCCUGUGGUAUGAACAGUUGGAUCAUGCUCAGGUUUUUGAUUUUGAGAAUACCAGGCGGCCAGUCAUCAGGGCGAUCUCUGUAUAUUCGAACACAGGCUGA